AUGGCGGAGGGCAGCUGCCAGUAUCGCCAGGAUGCUGCACCAGUCACGGCCGACAGAGAGAGCAACUCGAAGCGUCGUGGCCUCGCAAUCUCCGAUCUUCUGAAUCCCCCCAGCGAGCAGCAUGUCAUCUCGGCGUCCCCCUCCAUCUCCGUAGUCUCCAUCAAAGUCGAGGACGACGAGAUCAACACGCCUCCAUCUGCUUCUAACCAGGUACCUUACCGUCUUAACCAACAGCCUUUGCGGCGACAAUCUUGUUCUUCUGCGCAAAGUGUCAGCUCCAGGUCGUCAUUAGAAUCAUGCUUGUCCCACGGACGUCAAAGCAGUCGCUCUUCAACAUCGCCAGGUCCGCAGUCAGACACACAGACAGAUCCACGUCCGUUCCGUCCGCCGUACAAGGAAGAGGAAAGCGACUUUCUUUGGUUUUAUCAAAUCGACUUAAGGGCUAGCUGGAAAGAAACAAAUGUCGCCUUCGAACGGACAUUCGGCACCAAAAUGCGGGACCAGUCAGGUCUUCAAUGCAAGUUUUAUCGCGUGAUCGAAGGACAGGGAGUCCCCAAAGUAAGGCAAUUGAAGAAGAAUUACGAGGAUUGGGGUCAGUUCGGUAUGUGGCAAAGAAGGAGGAUCCGCUAUCCUUGGAUGAAAGAGUUCGCUUCGAAAUUGCCAGGCUUUUGGCCACCAGAUAACUCACGUAAAUUGACAGCCGUCAAAAUGGCUGGUAAUGAAAGGCUACCAAAGCUCUAA